AUGAAAAUCGACAAAAAAAAAGAAUUCAAAAAAAAAUUGAUUACGUGUUUUUCGUUGCUACAAGUUUCGGACCCCAUUAAAAUAAUCGUGGAUGAGACAUUCAUCAAUUUAUGUAUUGUUCAUAAAAUUCCCAUUAAAGAAGAAUUGUCCAAAUUAGUAAAUAGACAACUAAUGCUAAUGACUACAAAAUGCAUAUCCAGCUAUGCAAAAAAAAUACAUAAUGAAGAAACAGCUUAUGGGAUAAGGAAGAUGACUCAUUACAAAUGUAAUCACAAUGAUGAAAGCGUAAAAAAUUCUGUUAAAAUCUUUUUAAAAAAAAUGAAUGGCGACAAAAAUUCAGCCUUUUCAAGGAAUAAUUAUUUCGAAAAUGAAGUUACCAUAACUCACAACUUUGACAAUGUGUAUAAUACGUGUGGUCGUCCAGGGAAAAGGUACAGGCUUGCCUGUGGAGAAGCGAAUGUGAGUGGAGAGGCGAAUGUGAAUGGAGAGGCGAAUGUGAGUGGAGAGGCGAAUGUGAGUGGAGAGGCGAAUGUGAGUGGAGAGGCGAAUGUGAGUGGAGAGGCGAAUGUGAGUGGAGAGGCGAAUGUGAGUGGAGAGGCGAAUGUGAGUGGAGAGGCGAAUGUGAGUGGAGAGGCGAAUGUAAGUGGAGAGACGAAUGUGAAUGGAGAAGUUAAUAUUAGGGAAGAAUACCAUGGCAGUAAAUCCAUAAAGGAAAAUGGGGUAAAAGAAGAAAUGGAAAAUAGUGGACACACUGUGGAAAAGACGGAACUUUCCGAUUCCAUGAAAUGCAUAAUAGAUUUAGUAAAAAAUAAUAACGAGAAAAAGUUUUUUAUAGCAACAAACAAUAGUGAGUUGAGAUCUUUCUUAAGAAAGGUGUUCCUCGUUCCCAUAAUUUAUAUUAGCGAAGGAGGAGCUAUCAAGAUGGAGAGCCUUUCCUCAAAGAAUAUGAACAAAAGGGCAACGGUUGAGUUGAGGAAGAUGAAAAUGCUUAAGUGGGAACGGGAAUUGAAAAUGUCAGAACAGAAGAAAGACAAAGAAAAAGUAAAAAAGAAUUUAAAGAAAAAAAAAAAGAAGCGCGGAGGCAGAAACGGGAGAUAA